CGCGGGACAGGCUGGAGGCGAGACUCGGCCAUGGAGGGGAAGGGCUGCCGCUACCAGUUUCGGGUCGUGGUGCUGGGGGACGCGACGGUGGGUAAGACAUCGCUGCUGCGACGCUUCGUGGAGGGCGCGGCCGGGACCCUGGAGCCCGAGCCGGAGCUGGAGGCGGCGCCCACCGUGGGCGUCGAGUUCUACGGCCGCGCGGUGCAGCUGCCGGCGGGCCCGUGGGUCAAGCUGCAGCUCUGGGACACCGCGGGCCAGGAGCGCUUCAGGUGCAUGACCAGGUCUUUUUACCGGAAUGUGGUGGGUGUCCUGCUGGUUUUCGAUGUGACAAACAGGAAGUCCUUUGAACACAUUCCAGACUGGCACCAGGAGGUCAUGGCCACUCAGGGCCCCGACAAGGCAGUCUUUCUGCUCCUGGGCCACAAGAGUGACCUGGAGAGCACCCGCUGUGUCUCGGCCCAGGAGGCAGAGGAGCUGGCUGCCUCCCUGGGCAUGGCCUUCAUGGAAACCUCAGCCACAAAGAACUGCAAUGUGGACCAAGCUUUCCAGACACUUGCCAACGCCAUCCAGCAGGCCCUGCAGCAGGGGGACAUCAAGCUGGAGGAGGACUGGGGAGGCAUCCGGCUCAUCAAGCCUCAGAUCCCCAGGCUCCCCAGCAGAAAGCAGCAUGCAGGCCCCUGCCAGUGUUGACUCUGGGAGGGAAGGGGUUAAACCAGUGCCAACCUCAGAUGUGCUGGUGGGAUGGAGACUGUUUCUCCAAAGGUCAAAUGGCGGAAUAUACCCGAAGGGAUCAUAGAAACAAUAUCCUGGCCUAGUCAUGGCUCCUGAAUCUGGGGUCUUAGAGCUCAGCCCCUUUCCACCAGAAAGGUCUAGGCUCUGGCCAGGUAGCUCAGCUGGUUAGAGUGUCGUCCCAAUACGCCAAGGUUGUCCGUUAGAUCGCAUACAAGUAUCAACCAAAGAAUGCACGAAUAGUGGAACAAUAAAUCAGUGUCUCUCCCUUC